AUGGGUGCCGCGGGUGUGUGGGAUUUAGCCAUACGAUACGGUGACUUCUUGGCGGCAGUAGCGCCGAUUGCUGGGAGGUGCCAUUGGCCAGAAAACUCUUGGCCUAUGAGUUCACCUACCCCGCAUCCUCAGGUGACCCAGCACUUGCAGCUUCUGCCCUUGCGAGCCUACCAAACCAACACAGAUAUGUACGCGGACAACCCCACCGAAGACAUGGAAUGGUUGUGCAAGGGUUGCACGGAAUUGGCAAGUGAACGAGACCUUCCAGGAGUUGAAAGCGGAAAGUACUGCCGCGUCAAACAGCGCGUCUGGCAGCACUUCUUUGGAGGUGCGGCCAUGGAGCUCUGGUCUGCGCAGGGCCCACUCCAAGACUGGCCCUCCUGUCAUUUAUCUCAGCGCUUCAACGACCAUCUGCUCUGGUUCCGAGUGUAUGCGAAUCCAGACUGGGGACUGGGAUCUUUUUUCCAACAACACUCGGUUUCAAGGGCCCGCCAAUGGCAACCUGGCCUGCCGCUGGAUCCCAGGCCGUUUGAGCCGGAGAAGGCUUCGUAG